AUGGCUCUGGAUCGUCGUCGUCGGCGCUUUUGGGAGCUUCUUGGCUGCUUUCGGCAAGCGAUAGUACUGGCCGGAAUAUUUGAAUUCCUGGGCGCGCUACUCUUGGGCACACACGUGACGAAGGCCGUCCGCGAGAACAUCGUCAACGUUGAAUGCUUCCUGGACAACCCUGGGAUACUCAUGUACGGCAUGAUGUGCGUCGUCUACACGACCGGGAUGUGGCUCCUGCUCGCGUCCUACCUCGAGCUACCUGUCUCCACCACCCACUCCACGAUCGGCGCAAUUAUCGGAAUGGCCGUCGCCUACGCGGGGUCGGGGUGCGUGGUAUGGUACCAGGAGUCCGACAUUUUCCCCUAUUUCAAGGGAGUGGCCGCCAUCGCGGUGUCGUGGGUGCUGUCUCCGAUCUUCUCCGGAGUUGCAUCGCUCCUUGUGUUUCUGACGGUCCGCGCCUUCGUGCUCAGGUCUCCCAACGCCUUCGGCCGGUCCUUCUGGGUGUUCCCGGUCUUGGUGAUGGUCACCAUCGCCGUCAACGUGUUUGUCUUCGUGUACAAGGGCGCGAAGAGUAUGCACCUCGACGAGACCAGCGUUCUGAUCUCACUCGGGUGGGGGUUGGGGCUGGGGGGCAGCGUCCCUCUCGUUCUGGCACCUACGGUGAUUCCCGCUCUGAGGAGGAGAGUGCUGAAGAUCUACGGAGAUGGCACUAGAAAAGUUUUACCGGAGGGCAACAUCGGCGCGUGCGACCCCGAAGACCUGGAGGGCGGCCGCAGCAGGAGUGGUAGUCGCGUCGGGACCUUCAUCAACAAAACUCGGGAGCGCAACAUCCACGCCUACUUGGACACUUAUGAAGAGGUCGUCGCGAUUCACUCUAGCGCCGAGCAGUUCGACCCCCGAGCAGAAGAGGUGUUCAAGUACGUCCAGGUCACGAGUGCAAUCUGCGACGCCUUCGCUCACGGAGCUAACGACGUGGCCAACGCCAUGGGUCCCUUCGAGAUCAUCUGCACGGUAUAUAUCGAUGGGGGAAUCCGAAGGGGUAGAGACCUCGGCGCGCCUGGAUACCUGACCCUUGCUCUGGGAGGCUGCGGCAUCGUAGCCGGGCUGGCGCUAUGCGGGCACAAGAUUAUCACGGCAAUCGGCGUGAAGAUCGCCAAGAUCACACCGUCCCGGGGGUUCAGCAUAGAAAUCGGGGCGGCCCUGGUCAUGAUCACGGGGACGAGGCUGGGAGUUCCGCUGUCCUCUACGCACUGCCAGGUCGGCGCCACCUCGGGAGUUGCCCUGCUUGAGGGCCUCGACGGGCUCAACACCAGGAUGGUACUCAAGAUCAUUGCCGGAUGGGCCGCCACGACCGUUAUCUGCGGGGUGUCCUGUGCUCUACUCUUCGCCCAGGGGGCGUACGCCCCCUUCGCGUUUGACACGGAAGAAUAA